AUGACUAAAGCUACUGAAACCGCAUUGGCUUUCUUUGCCUUAUCUGCCAUAUAUUUUGCGUUAUACUCUGGUGUUAUCCCAACUUCCACCUUAAUUCAUGAUGAAAUAUUACCAUUUUUACCAUGGUGGGGGUUAGUUGCAUUUGGAGCCUACGCUUUAGGUACUUUAGGAUGGGGUGUUUUUACUUUUAAAGAUAAAGAAGAAAAAUAUAAGGAGUUAUUAGAUCAAAUUGAAGAAGCUAAAGCUUUCUAUAAGACUAAAGGUGUUGACUUAGACGAAUAAGCUCUUUGAUAGUGUCUUUCAUAAUUUUUCACUUCUACUAAAGAUUAUUCUUGUUAUUAUAUUGUACAUUCUACAAAUCUCUAUUCUCUAAU